AUGUUCGUCCGGAGGUCCGAAUAUGCCCUUGCUUACUCUAAAAUUAAAGAAGCAAGUAUCUCAGGGGGAUGUGUAGUACACAUUUUCGUUGCAUUAGAUCCCGAUGCAUUAUGUGCUUGCAAAUUACUGUCUCGAUUGCUGAAGGCCGACUUUAUUUCUCAUAAAAUUAGACCUGUUUCAGGGUAUCGUGAUCUGGAAAAUGCGAAUGAAACCAUAUUAGAGAAAAGCGAAGAUUUGAGAUUCCUAAUUCUACUCAAUUGUGGAAAUAUGGUCGACUUGAGUGGUUACCUAAAAUCUGAUGAGGAUAUAUCUGUUUAUGUGAUUGAUUCCCAUCGGCCUUAUAAUUUAGAUAAUUUAUACAGGGACAAUAGAAUUUACAUAUUCGAUGAUGGUGAUAUUGAGGAGGAUAUGAGCAAAAUACACGAUGCAUGGUUUGCACUCGAAUCUUUAUCUUCCUCUGACGAGGAAAAUGAUUCUUCAGAAUCCGAGAACGCACCAGAUGAUGAUGGUAAUGAAGAUCAAGACGAGGAUGGAUUACAAGGCUCUUCUGAACUUCCUAAGCGGAGCAGGAGAAGGUACUCAACAGAAACAGAACAGCGUCGAGUGCAUCGAAAGGAUAUCAUAAGGAAAAAAAAGGAAUAUCAUUAUGUACUAGCAGAAUACUAUGAUACCGGAACUUGGUUUGGGGAGUCAAUUACAAAUAUGCUAUACUCGCUUGGGUCUAUGCUUGGUCGAGAGGACAAUGACAUGCUUUGGUUAGCUAUUAUCGGUCUCACAAGUCUGGAAGUCCAUUGUCGCUCUUCAAAGAAAUAUUUCGAUAGAUCCUACAAUCUUUUGAAGGAUGAAGUAAACCGGCUGAACCCUCUACCGUUGGAAAGAACGAAUGUAGGACGACCACACGGUAAAACUCCUUAUGAUCAGUCCAUACGCCUUGAAGAUGAAUAUAGAUUUAUGUUGAUUAGACACUGGAGCUUGUACAAUGCUAUGUUGCAUUCGGCAUACGUAGGCUCGCGUUUGCACAUUUGGAGCGAAGAAGGACGAAAACGCUUGCAUAAGCUCCUAGCUAAAAUGGGUUUAAGUUUGGUAGAGUGUAAGCAAACUUAUAUUCAUAUGGAUAUGAAUCUUAAAAAAACACUGAAAAGUAGUCUUCAAAGAUUUGCUCCUCUUUACGGACUUGACGAUGUAAUAUUUCACAGCUUUACCCGUACAUACGGAUUUAAAUGUACACUUAGUGCAAGCGAUGUUGCUUAUGCGAUUAGUGCUUUGCUUGAAGUUGGAGGAGCCGGUACAUUUCUCCAAGCAAAAAAUGUAACUAAGGAACCCGACAUGACCGAGGAGCAAUAUUUGCAAAAAUUCGAAGAAGAACAAAAACAAGAAUGGCUAAAAAAUUUUUAUGACGCUUAUGAUGCCCUCGAUAAUGUUGAUGCGUUAGAGAAAGCCUUGAAAUUGGCCAUGAACAUGCAACGUUCUAUAGUUCGCACUGGCAUCGCUUUGUUAGAAAAACGAGCCAUAAAAGCACUACGCUCUUUUCGUAUAGGAUUGAUUAGUGAAGGACCUGAUAUAAGGAUUUUCCAGCAUCCACUUGCUUUGACAAAACUAAGUCUUUGGGUCUCCGAGGCUAUUAGGGAGCAAGAAAAAGAGUUAGGGAAAUUGAAGCAUUUGCCUCUUGUCUUAGCUGUAAUGAUUGAAGAAAAAAGCAGCUAUUUAAUUGUAGGUACUUCUACUUCUGCCUUUACAAGUAAUGACGACGAAGAUGAUGGACACGGCCAUAAUCGCUUUGGUGUAGCCUUCCAAGAAGUAGCAAGCAUGACUUCUGCUACGCUACAGAUGGAUUGUUUUGAAGCUAGUGUCAUUGAAUGUAAAAAGGCUGAUUUAGGCUUGUUUCUUGAAAGCCUAUCCCUAAAAACCUUACAAUAA